AUGGCGGAGUUGCAGCAGCUGCAGGUGCAGGAGGUGGUGGACUCCGUGGUGAAGAGUCUGGAGAGGGAGAACAUCAGGAAGAUGCAGGGCCUCACGUUCCGGUGCAGCGCCAGCUGCUGCGAGGACAGCCAGGCGUCCAUGCAGCAGGUGCACCAGUGCAUUGAACGCUGCCAUGCGCUUCUGGCUCAAGCCCAGGCCCUGGUGACCAGUGAGCUGGAGAAGUUCCAGGACCGCCUGGCCCGGUGCACCAUGCAUUGCAAUGACAAAGCCAAAGAUUCAAUAGAUGCAGGAAGUAAAGAGCUUCAGGUGAAGAGGCAGCUGGAGAGUUGUGUGACCAAGUGUGUGGAUGACCACAUGCACCUCAUCCCAACCAUGACCAAGAAGAUGAAGGAGUCUCUCUUGUCCAUUGGGAAAAGAAGUCUUUGCAAUUGGCCAUCGGAACUGACAGCGGGAAUCUAUUUAAAAAGAAACAAGACUUUUUGUCUUUUAAGUGACGUUUAUGAAGAAAUUAAGGUUGGCAGCAAAUUUGAGGCUUGUGUCACUUGCCUCUGGACACUGGUUCCUUUACGUUUCAACCCUAGAAAGUGA